CAGGUGACAUGCGCUUCGCCGGCCGGCAAGAAUAUUUGUUUGUUUUAGCUUUUUACUACGUGUUUAAGUUUUGAAAGCAUUAUCAUAGUAGCAAACAAUUUAAGAACAUCAUUAUAAACAUGGAAAGACGUAAAUUAUUAGUGAAUUUGGGUAAAUCGAGACGAGAAUGCGCUAUUAAGGACCGAGAAGAACUAUUAAAACUUAUUGAUACCAACCGUGAGACCGGUUCUGAAAGUUCGAAUUCACCUUUCAAAGAAGCCGAAAGCUUCCAUAAUAUAAGCAAUGGAUUUUUCGAGAAGAACGCUGUGUUACAUGAGGAUAUUAUUGAACAUCUUAUAGAAGAUCUUCAUGACGUGUCCGCGAUAAAGACAAAUAAUUCUGAACUAACUUUGCAAGAUAAGUCUUCAUUUUCUGCGUCACCCUCUAGGUCGAUCACACCUAUACACUCUCGAUCUGAAUUUCAAUUUUUUAUUUCUGAAAAUGUUAAUAUUGAUAAUACAGACUCUAGUAGACAAUUAUCUGAUACACCAUUACCCUCAGAAUACAAUUCAUUCACUUCAAGUCCGCCGCGUGCAUUAUCAGAGGUAAAUCAAAAUAUCUGUUUACUAAACUCAGACAGGCUAUCAAGUUUGUCACUUUCAAACUGCCAAUCGCCUAUAAUCAUCACAAGUUGCAGUGAUGCUUCUUCGGCAGUGGAGGCUUCAAGUGAAUGCUCUACGCCUUCUUCGUUAAACGGUCGCAGAAAAAGACGACAGUUCAGUAUUGACAGGUCAAAGAAAAAGCGAUUGAGAAAUAAAGAUAAGUGGAUUGAUACGAGGCGUAAAUUACUAUUAAAUUCAGGUAAGGAACAUCAGUCUCGGAACGGAAAACUGCAGCCAGCGAAACAUAUUAAGCCGCCAUGUGAAACUUGCAAAUUUAACUGUAGUACAAACAUAUCUCUUGAAGACAGAAAACUUAUAUUUGAUCGUUUUUGGAAUCUUUGUAAUCACGAAAAGCAAUGGAUUUUUAUAGGUAAGUACACCAAGCGUUGUAUAAAGAAAAGAAGUACUACAGAGAGUGAAUCUAAACGUAAAUACAGUGUAAACUAUACACUGCCAGUAAAUUUAAAAGAAUUAAGCCCAAAAUGUAUAAAAGUUUGCAAAACUAUGUUUAAGAACACUCUGAAUAUAAGUAAUCAGUUUAUACAGAGUGCUCUUGAUAAAUAUGAUAAGACCACUGGUAAUUGUGAAAUAGAUUUUAGAGGUCAUCAUAAAAAUAAAAACAAGGUUUUAACGGGGGCUAUAAUAAAAGGAGUGUGUGAUCAUGUAAACUCAUUUCAACCAGUGGAGUCACAUUACGCAAGGAAAGACACAAACAAAGUUUACUUGGCUGAUUUAAAUUUUUCUAUCAUGUUUAAGUUGUACCAGACUUGGGCCCAAGAGAAUAAUAUUGCGGAGAGAGUACAGACAGUGCGCCAGUAUCGAGAUAUCGUGAAUAAAGAAAUGAACAUAGCUUUUUUUGUUCCAAAAAAAGAUCAAUGCGACAUAUGUAUAGCAUUUAAAAAUUCCCUUUCUGCACAAACCAAUGCACUAGAUUAUAAUAAGCAUAUACAAGAAAAAAACCUAGCGAGAUCUUUAAAGAAACAAGAUAAAAUUGAAGCUGUUUCUAAUCCUGAGACUGUAACUUCAGCUACGUUUGAUUUUCAAAAAAUUUUGACGUGUCCACACGGAGAAACCAGUUCAUUUUAUUACAAGCGUAAACUUUCUGUCUUCAAUUUUACCGUUUUUGAUAUGGGUCUUAAAAAAGGAAUAUGUUAUAUGUGGCCUGAAACUAUAGCUAAGCGAGGUUCGAAUGAAGUGGCUAGUUGCCUUUAUAAUUUUAUUAAACAGUCAACUGAAAGAGGCAUCAAAGAUUUCCGCCUAUGGUCUGAUAACUGUGGCGGUCAAAACCGAAACCGCAUAGUAUUUUUGAUGUAUGUGUACUGCUCACAAAAAUAUAACAUUGACAUUCAUCAUAGGUUUUUGGAGAAGGGUCACACCCAACAGGAAGGUGACAGUGUCCACGCAUUGAUCGAAAAAUCAUCAAAAAAAAAAUUAAUUUACUGUCCUCAGGAAUGGUAUACAUUAGUUCGAUGGUGUAAAACAUCCGGCGAUUCUUAUGAGGUAAUAGAAAUAAUACAAGACGAAGUUUUUGAUUUCAAAAUGAGAUUGAAUGAUUUUAAAUUGACAAAAAAUACCGACAAUCAAAAUGUUAAGUGGAAUCAAGUUCGAGAAAUAGUAGUUAAAGCAGAGAAUCCUAACACAAUAUUUUAUAAGUAUGAUUUACAUAAAGUAGAAUCCAAUCAGAUUGACUUAGUGCAAAAAAGAAAUACUCGUUCUCGCUGUGGUUUUACAAUUAAUGAUCCCGUAAAAUGUUAUAAUGAACCCAUCAUGAUAACAAGUGCCAAGUACAAGGACUUAUUAAGCCUCUGCCAGCAAAACUUGAUACCCCCUAGAUAUCAUAGCUUUUAUAAAAAUUUGAAACAUGGUAACGAUACAGACGGUAAUGAGACUGAUUAGGUUUUAUAUGUUUCAAAAUAAUUAAAUUGCUUCUUAAAUUUUGAAUUGUUGUUUUAAAAUAUUUUAAAUAUUGAGUUAAAUUUAGAUUACAUUUACGUUUAUCAUAAGAGAUAUGCCAAUUUUUAUUAUGGUGUACGAGUAGAACACACUUUAGAGGAUUUAUAUUUGAUAAGUGCAUAUUUACUAUUUUGAUUGUGAUUAUAACUAAGUGUUUAUACAACUAUAACAUUGGGACUGAUAUUUAUUAUUUUUAAGUGUGAAAUCUGUAGACUGUUCUAGAUUUAAUUUAAAUUGUUUUUCAUAAGGAGUUUAUAAGUUUUACUGUUGAUUCUUAACCAAAAAACCUCAAUUACUUUAUACUUAAAUAUUCAGAGUGAAAAUGUUGUGAUAAGAUUAGUUUUUGCCAAAAUAAGUAAAUAAUUCCUUACUAAAUAUUUCAUUUAACCUUCUUAUAAAUCGUGUACUUUGCACAUACUUUAAGGUGUAGAAAAAGACAUCUGCGCAAUUAUGCUCUAAAGUUGGUGUAUUUUCAAUUGAUCAUAGUCACAAACUAAUUUUAAUACAUAGUGAAUGUUGCAUUUAUUAUCUAUACUGAAAUAUAUUAAGCAUACUUUAUUAAA